AUGUUUACCCAGAUUAGCCAUGCACACACAGAGGUGGUGACCUCUCUCAUGUUUUCGCCCCACGUCGUCACGACUGGCGAGGGCGGUCUACUUUGCUCCACUUCUGGCGAUGACACGACGGCGCUGUGGGACCUGCGAGCCGGCCCCGGGGCGUCACAGCGGGCCGUGCACCUCACCGGUCACCACGUCGGUCCUGUGAACCAUGCACUUUUUCACCCAUCCAAUGCGUACACGUUGCUGACGGCGUCCGACGAUCGAAGCAUCGGUUGCUGGGAUCUGCGCCGGCCAGAUCGAGUCGUCGGCACGGUAUCCGGCUUUCAAGAAGGUGUGAACAAGAUGCUGUGGCUGCCAGUCACGUCGAACGGCUGCGGAGGCACUGGUGCCAGCAGCAGCGGCGGCUGGAGUGUAGUGAGCGCCUGCGAUGACGGUCACGUGUACGUCCACGCACUUGCACUGCCCGACAGCGGCUCCGAGAGAGCGACUGUCGCUGGCGCUGUUCCUGUCCCGCAGGUCGGCACGCUUGUGGACAAGUUUCGUGUAUCGACGAGCACUGUGAAUGAUAUCGUGCUCGCACCACACUCUACAUCGAUCCUUAUCACCGCCUCGGAGGAUUGCGCGCUGCGGUCGUGGUCGUUACGGCACGCGCAGCAGAUGACCAACACGUCAGUAGGGUUAAUGGAGGACCGGCUGCUCGCCACUCUUGACGAGUUUGAGAACCCCGUGAACCAUGUCGUGGUGGUGCCCAGCGGGCUCAUGGUGCCGGUGGAGAGCCGGGCAGCUGGCGAGGACCCGGAGAGCAGCAGCAGCAGGGGCCCGGCUGGCGCUGCCGGUGGCGCAGAGGAAUGCGCAGACGCGGCUGCCGCCUCCACAGGCUUUCCUCGCUCGUAUCAGCAAGCACACGGCGGGGACGAUGACGAGGACGCCGAGGCGGGGAGCGACGCUGGUAGCAGCGCCGGGGCACGACAGCCGCGAAGGGCUACAGACAUCUCCGAGGCUGCUGGGACCGGCUGCUGGCUGCUCGCCGCGUGUUCUGAGUGCGUCUUUGGUGUCGACUUCGCGCUGCGCGUCGGCGAGUUCGGCACCGGAGCCCGCGCGUUCGUGGGCCAUCAGGACUACGUGCGCGGACUUGAAUUCACGAGCGAGGGGAAGCUGCUGACUGUGUCGGACGACAGCACGGCCAUCGAGUGGGACCUUGCCACAACGGACCCCAUACGGCAGGUAAAGCUGCACGAGGGUCUCGUCAUGUCAUCGGCGGUGUCACCCUCGCGCAACUUGCUUGCCACCGGCACCGACCGCGGAGAACUUCGUGUGUGGCGCCUGCCGUUUUCGACGGAGCGGAUUGGUGGCUCGCCAUGA